UGUGAGUUGAUGUGUUUGAGAGUUUCAAUUGCCGUAUAAGACAAGGGAUGGGUUGUGGAGCAGCAAAAGCCGUGCAAACUAUUGAUGACAAUACAAACAAUGCAAAUGGAAAUGUAGUCAAACCAAACAAAACUACUGAUAAGACUAAUGGGAACGGAACGGCAGCCGGUCCUCGAAGAAUGUCCAGACCUAUGACUCCAGUUCCAAAACCGGUGGCUUUCGAUAUAUCCCUCGACGACGACAGUCCCAAACCGGCCACCGGGUCGGCGGCCACUGAACCGCUAAAAUUACCGCCAAAACGAUUGCUAUCUCUGGCCGAACAGCCGGCACAACAACUGACGGCCAAACAGUUGUCAGACAAACAGUUGAAGGCAGAGGAGAAACGCCUCGAACUACUGGAGGAAAGGAAACGAAAGGCUCACAUAUAUAAUGAAAAAUUUUUGCCACAAAAUAAUAAUAGCAAUAAUAAUACAAACGAUUUAAAUAUCAUUAAUGACAGCGAAGUUUUUGCAAACGAGAAAAAGGUUGAAGACCUCUUAAUUUACUAA